CUCCUAGACGUGCAGCGACCGUAUUUAUUAGAUUCCUGCGACUUUCAGUAGGACGUCAGUUCACCUCGUCGAAAGUCUAUCUAAGCUGCGUCGUGUGUGGCUGCCACUCGAGAAUAUUUUCAAAAUAAGUUCGUUGAUCUCUCAGCUUAAAACUAGCUCAAACGAAGAAUGUCACACAAGUGACACAACUAAAAUCAAAUAAACAAAGAACAGCGUUAAAACUUUAAUAUAAAGUGAUAAAUCACAGUACCCAUUCGUAGUAAAGGGAGUUAUAAAUUUUGUAGAAAAUGGCAGGAGAAGUUGUCGUAGAUGCAUUACCAUAUAUAGACCAAGGAUAUGACGAUCCUGGAGUAAGAGAAGCUGCAUUGGCCAUGGUGGAAGAAGAGUGCAGACGCUAUAGACCCACAAAGAACUAUCUUGAAAAUGCAGGACCAGAACCAAGUUCUGCAUUUGAAACUCCUGCUUUACAACGAGAGAUGGAAAGAGUGCAACAGAGAUUGCCGAUGGAACCAUUGUCUAUGAAGAGGUAUGAACUUCCACCCCCUCCAGUCGGAAGAAUGAGUGAACCAAGUGCCUGGGCCGAGUCAGUUGACAACUCUCAUGCACAGCUGUCACACCAAGCUAUCAGAGUUCUCAAUUUAGAGUUGCAGUUAGAGUACGGUUCAGAAGCAUGGAGAUCAUACCUCAAUACACUUCAAGCAUUAGUCACAAGAGCUCAAAACGAACACAACCAGUUACGUAAACAAAUAGGCUCUGUGAACUGGGAACGUAAACGCGUACAAACAGCAAGCGGUGCGAGGUUGCGGGCAUUGAGGCGACGGUGGGCGCAACUUGUCUCGGACAAUUAUAGACUUGAAAGAGCCCUACUUCACUUACAACAGGUACGUUCAAGUUAUUUUAUUAUUAUCUUUCUAAUGAAAUACGUACUUAACCAAUUGUUCACGAUUGACUUCCACGGUGAAGGAAUAACAUCGAAUAAAAAUGAAACCUGCAAAAUUAGAAUUUGCGUCAUUACUGGUGGUAGGACCUCUUGUGAGUCCGCACGGGUAGCUACCACCACCCUGCCUAUUUCUACCGUGAAGCAGUAAUGCGUUUCCGUUUGAAGGGUGGGGUAGCCGAUGUAACUAUACUGAGAACUUAGAACUUAUAUCUCAGGUUGGGUGGCGCGUUUACGUUAUAGAUGUCUGUGGGCUCCAGUAACCACUUAAUACCAGGUGGGCUGUGAGCUCGUCCAACCAUCCAAGCAAUAAAAAAAAAAUUGUUGAUUUAGUACAUUAAAAAUCUUUUCAAUAAUAUUGCAUUUGGUUUAAGAACAAACAAAAGUUACAAUUGCUAUUGCCACUUCCCAUUAUAAAGUAAAUACUAAAGGAAUCAUUAUUAUUGUGUGGUGUUAUUCCAGAUUUAGAUACAAUAAAAUAAUUUAAAAAUACAUAAAGGCGUGGCUAACAGUAAUAAUGACUAUUUCAAACAAUAUUACAGAUAUCCUAAAAAAAACCUAACAACCAAAAUAAACAUUAUGUAAGAAUAAAUAUCCAAAUUUCCUCAGAGUUCAUCCAUAUUAUCUGGAACCGCUGCGUUCAUCGACAGUGCGUUUCCAAAGAUCUUUUUUGCUACGUACCAUCCUGCUUUGGAAUGAGCUUCCCUCCAUGGUGUUUUCCGAGCGCUAUGAUAUGUCCUACUUCAAACGAGGCUUGCGGAGAGUACUUAAUGGUAGGCAGCGGCUUGGCUCUGCCCCUGGCAUUGCUGACGUCCAUGAGCGACGGUGACUACUUACCAUCAGGUGGGCCGUAUGCUCGUCAGCCUACAAAGGCAAAAAAAACCCAUCUCCAAACUAUCUAAGAUUAAAUUUAUAGAUAAGUACAUAUUCUUAUUGUUUUUAGGCAAAGGGAGAAGUACCAG